GCCCGUCAUACGCAGUUUCCGCCAAAGCUCCGCCAGAUGGACCCGGUCAGCGCGUACGCUGGCCAGCUCCGCGACCUGCGGAAGACCAUGCGCAAGUUCAAGGACGACGUGCGCAUGUCCUUCUCCAUGUGGUCAGAGGACAUGGAGAUCCUCGGGGGCAUGCUGUGGCGCCUCCUUGAACAACACCAAGGACAUCGGCAGCUCUUGCUGGCCAAGGAAGCCCAUGCAGCCGAAGCGCAGACGCUCCAGGACACAAUCGAUCGCCAAGCGGCAGAGCUGCGGCAGUUGCAAGGCGAGGUCCAUGAGAAAGAGCAUCAACUAGCAACGCUUCGUGCCACGAAGGACGUGACUCCAGUGCAAGAGCUCCGCCGGUCCCAACGAAUCCACGCAUCCGCAGCGAAGUCGUUCACGCAGCACACACAGGCGCACAGCGCUAAGCGUAAGAGUACGACGCUCCUCUAUACGAACCCAAGCAUUCUCAAGAAAAUGAGGAACAACGAUGAUACUCCAGGCGAAGGCGAAAACCGUGUGCCAAAACAAGUGACCUUCCAGUCGCCCGGGCCAAAGCCCAAGCCAUCGCCGCACCGGGUCGCCCCGUCGCGCAAACCAAUCUCAGAUCAGCUACCCGCGGCAAGGGAACAACCGAGCCGCGUCCGUGUCCCAACGAUCAAUCACGGCAGCACACUACCACCAUCCCGCGUCCUUGUCCCGAUUAAGCAGCCAGCGCCAACAGCUUCCACAGCCGCAAAUUCUUCGACGCGUAAGCGCUGGAGUUAAGGCCACAUGCCAGUCAAGUCCUCUCUGUAAAUUAUAAAGCAGCAUUGCUAUCCACCAAAGCCGUUAC